AUGUCAACCGCCGAUCUAAAAGCCAUUGCCACCGUCCUCCGCCACUGCGCGGCCCCAUGUAACGUACUUGUUUUCGGUCUCAGCUGUGAGACCCUCCUCUGGAACUCACUCAACCAUAACGGCCGAAAAGUUUUUGUAGAUGAAAGUGCUUACUUUGUCUCCAUUUUCGAAGAAAAAUGCCCUGGAAUCGAAGCUUACGAUGUUCAAUUCAAAACAAAAGUCAGCGAAUUAUACGAUUUGAUAGAGCGUUAUAAAUUCCAGGAGAAAAAUGAGUGCAGGCCUGUUCAGAAUCUUCUCUUUUCAGACUGUAAAUUGGCAGUAAAUGACUUGCCGAACCUCAUCUCCCAUGAAGAGAAGCUCCACUGCGGUGGCGCUACCAGUUGUGGGCAUCACCGCUGCAGCUCCGAUCGUGACGUUGUAGCCCCCAAUGUGGCUCACGAUCGUGAUGAUUGA